AUGCCUUCCCCCCAAUGUCAUGAGCUUUGAUUUUACCCACCAAUCUCCUAUGUGGGACCUUAUCAAAUGCCUUCUGAAAAUCGAGGUACACUAUAUCCACUAGAUCUCCCCCGUCUAACUUCCUGGUUACAUCCUCGAAAAACUCCAACAGAUUAGUCAAGCAUGAUUUACCCUUGGUAAAUCCAUGCUGGCUCGGCCCAAUCCUAUCACUGCUAUCGAGAUAUGCCACUAUUUCAUCCUUAAUAAUGGACUCUAGCAUCUUCCCCACCACCGAUGUCAGGCUGACAGGUCGAUAGUUCUCUGUUUUCUCCCUCCCUACUUUCUUAAAAAGAAAGAUAACAUUAGCCAUUCUCCAAUCCUCAGGAACUGAUCCUGAAUCUAAGGAACAUUGGAAAAUGAUUACCAAUGCAUCCGCAAUUUCCAGGGCCACCUCCUUUAAUACCCUCGGAUGCAGACCAUCUGGACCUGGGGAUUUGUCAGCCUUCAGUCCCAUCAGUCUUCUCAACACCAUUUCCUUCCUAAUGUUAAUGUGUUUCAUUUCCUCUGUCACCCUAUGUCCUUGGGUAUCACAGACCAUGCCAAGAAACAAAGGUUGAUUCAAUAACUGAUUUUAACUUUCCAUAUUUUGACUAGGACUCCCAUAAUGUAAAAGGACUAGAUGGGGUAGAGUUUGUCAAAUGUGCCCUUAUUCAGUACGUAGAAUUCCCGAUGCAGAAGUGUGCAAUAAGCUGUUAGGAAAUGAUCCAGGGCUGGUGACAGACAUUAGUGAUCAUAAUGCCAUGAGAUUCAAAGUAAAUAUGGAAAAAGAUAGGUCUGGACCACGGGUUGAGAUUCUAAAUUGGAGAAAGGUCAAUUUGGAUGGUAUCAGAAAGGAUCUGACGUGUGGUUUGGGACAGGCUGUUUUCUGGCAAUGGUAAGUGGGAGGCCUUCAGAAAUGAAAUUUUGAGCGUGUGGAGUUUGAAUGUGCCUGCCGAAAUAAAAGCUGAAAGGUACCUGGUGCAGGGAGCUGUGCUUUUCAGGAGAUAUUGAGGCCCGGAUCAUUUUGUUCCUCUGAAUGCCUCAGACUGUUGGGUGCUACCAAGACUCAUUAAUGACUACAAAUCAUAAUUCCAAGCCUUGAGCUCAUCUGACUUUUUUUUUACUCAUUAUCUGUUAGUUUCCAAAAGCUUCCCAAUAGUUUUUGCUCUUUUGUUUGCCCUCACUUUGGCUUUUAUGUUGGCUUUGGCUUCUCAUUUCAGCCAAAGUUGUGUCCUCCUGCCUUUCCAAUACUUCCACUUCUUUGGGAUGUAUCAAUCACUCGGCUCCCGAAUUGUUCCCAGAAACUCUAGCCAUUGCAGCUCCAUUGUCCCUCCUACCUUUUCCCUUCCAAACAAGUUUGGACAACUUCUCUGCCAUAGAAAUAUGGAGAAGUUCAGUACAGAAACAGUCUAUUUGGCCCAUCUAGUCAAUGCCGAAAAAACAUUUAAGCUGUCUAAUACAACUACCUGCUCCGGGAUCAUCACCCUCCAUAACCCUACAAUCCAGGUUGAGAAUGAGAAGGAAUUUAUCUCCAAGACUCUCAAACACGGCACACCAGUUUUGCUGUCUCUGACUAGAUCGGGGGUCGGCAACCCGCGGCUCCGGAGCCACAUGUGGCUCUUUUACGUCUGUGCUGUGGCUCCCUGUUGCUUUGGGAAAUAAUUGGUUGACAGCUGGCUGACGUUAUUUUUGGUUUGCUGCUGGCGGCAAAUUUAAGUUUGGUGUUUUUCAUAAAUACAAGAAGGACUCAAAUAGACGUUGAGUAUUUUACUUAAAAGUAACCUUCAACCCAACGUCUUUUUUUCGGAGUUCAAAAUGUUUUUGUUGCAUGCAGAAAUGUAAUUUCGUUUUCUCUGCAGGAGUUCAUCAAUUUCAUAAAUGCAACACAUUAUAGUUUGUUUAUACAUAGCAUAAAGGCAAAACAAAACGUUGUAUGCAGUGUUAUUUCAUUUUAAAUGUCAAACGGGUUUUGCGGCUCCCAGUGUUUUCUUUUCUAUGGGAAACGGGUCCAAGUGGCUCUUUCAGUGGUAAAAGUUGCUGACCCCUGGACUAGAUACUUAAGAAGUGGAGCAAGAGAUUCAAUAGACCAUCUGUCCUUCACAGACUGUGGGGAGGGAUUCACUCGGUCCUUUGGCCAACUAGCAUGUCUGUCAUUUUACGCAGGGGAAAGGCUGUUCACCUGCUCAGACAGUGGGAAUGGAUUGACUCGGUUAUCUCGAUUGAAGGUACAUCAGCAAGUUCACACUGGGUAAGGCCAUUCACCUGUUCCGUGUGUGGGAAGGGAUUCAGUCAGUCUUCCCACCUGUGCACACACCAGUCAGUUCAUAACACACCAGGCAGAGGCUGGUCAUCUGCUGAACUUCUGGGAAAGGAUCCACUCAGUCAUCUGACCUAAUGGCUCAUCAGCGAGUUCACACUGGGGAUAAGCCAUUCACCUGCUCAGAUUGUGGGAAGAGAUUCAUUCAUUCAUCCAGCCUACAGAGACAUCAGCGAGUUCACACUGGGGAGAAGCCGUUCAUCUGCUCAGAAUGUGGGAAGGGAUUCACUGAUUCAUCCAGCCUACAGAGACAUCAGCGAGUUCACACUGGGGAGAAGCCGUUCACCUGCUCAGAAUGUGGGAAGAGAUUCACUCAGUCAUCCACCCUACAGAAUCACCAGCGAGUUCACACUGGGGAGAAGCCAUUCACCUGCACAAUCUGUGGGAAGAGAUUCACUCAUUCAUCCACCCUACUGAGUCACAAGCAAGUUCACACGGGGGAGAGGCCGUUUACCUGCUCAGAAUGUGGGAAGGGAUUCAUUGCUUCAUCCAGCCUGCAGAGACACCAGCGAAUUCACACUGGGGAGAAGCCGUUCACCUGCUCAGAAUGUGGGAAGAGAUUCACUCAGUCAUCCACCCUACAGAAUCACCAGCGAGUUCACACAGGGGAUAAGCCGUUCACCUGCUCAGAAUGUGGGAAGGGAUUCAUUGAUUCAUCCAGCCUACGGAGACAUCAGCGAGUUCACACUGGGGAGAGGCCAUUCACCUGCUCAGAAUGUGGGAAGGGAUUCAUUCAGUUAUUCCACCUACAGAAUCAUCAGCGAGUUCACACUAGUGUGAGGCCAUUCACCUGCACAAUCUGUGGGAAGAGAUUCACACAGUCAUCCACCCUACUGAGUCAUCAGCGAGUUCACACCGGAGAGAGGCCAUUCACCUGCUCAGACUGUGGGAAGAGAUUCACUCAUUCAUCCACCCUACUGAGUCACCAGCGAGUUCACACUGGGGAGAAGCCGUUCACCUGCUCAGAAUGUGGGAAGGGAUUCAUUGAUUCAUCCAGCCUACAGAGACAUCAGCGAGUUCACACUGGGGAGAGGCCAUUCACCUGCUCAGAAUGUGGGAAGGGAUUCACUCAGUUAUCCAACCUACUGAGUCAUCAGCGAGUUCACACUGGGGAGAGGCCGUUCAUCUGCUCAGUCUGUGGGAAGAGAUUCACUCGGUCAUCCGACCUACAGAGUCACCAACGAGUUCACAUUAGGGAGAAGCCGUUCACUUGUUCAUUCUGUGGGAAGGGAUUCACUAAGUCAUCCACACUACAGAGUCACCAGCGAGUUCACACUGGAGAGAGGCCGUUCACCUGCUCAGUCUGUGGGAAAAGAUUCACUCAGUCAUCCAACCUACAGACUCAUCAGCGAGUUCACACUGGGGAGAAGCCGUUUACCUGCUCAGAAUGCGGGAAGAGAUUCACUCGCUCUUCCACCCUACAGAGACAUCAGCAAGUUCACACCGGGGAGAAGCCGUUCAUCUACUGUGCAGCCGUCUGGCUCGGUCCUGACUCUUUCCCACUGCAACCGCCCUUCGAUUUACACAAGCUCGAGACCAGCUCCUUCCUCAUCGCCGCCCAACCAGGCUCAAAGCUCGAUAAGGAGCCUCAUACUCGAUCAUCUAACCAAAUGGCACACCAGCAAGUUCACACUGGCGAGCGGCCGUUCACCUGCUCUGACUGUGGGAAGGCAUUCACUAUAUCAUCUCACCUACUGAGACACCAGUCAGUUCACACUGGCGAGCGGCCGUUCACCUGCUCAGACUGUGGGAAGGCAUUCACUAUAUCAUCUCACCUACUGAGACACCAGUCAGUUCACACUGGCGAAUGGCCGUUCACCUGCUCAGACUGUGGGAAGGGAUUCACUUGCUCAUCUAACCUGAAGGAACAUCAGAGAGUUCACACUGGAGAGAGGCCAUUCACCUGCUCAGACUGUGGGAAGGGAUUCACUUCUUUGUCCCAACUGAAGGUACAUCAGCGAGUUCACAGUGGAGAGAGGCCGUUCACCUGCUCAGACUGUGGGAAGGGAUUCACUUCUUCGUCCCAUCUGAAGGUACAUCAGCGAGUUCACACUGGAGAGAGGCCGUUCACCUGCUCAGACUGUGGGAAGGGAUUCACUUGCUCAUCUAACCUGAAGGAACAUCAGCGAGUUCACACUGGAGAGAGGCCAUUCACCUGCUCAGACUGUGGGAAGGGAUUCACUUCUUCGUCCCAUCUGAAGGUACAUCAGCGAGUUCACACUGGAGAGAGGCUGUUCACUUGCUCAGACUGUGGGAAGGGAUUCACUUCUUCGUCCCAACUGAAGGUACACCAGCGAGUUCACACUGGGGAGAGGCCGUUCACCUGCUCAGAAUGUGGGAAGGGAUUCACUUGCUCAUCUAAACUGAAGGUACAUCAGAGAGUUCACACCGGGGACUGGCCGUUCACCUGCUCAGACUGUGGGAGGGGAUUCACUUCUUCGUCCCAACUGAAGGUACAUCAGCGAGUUCACACUGGGGAGAGGCCGUUCACCUGCUCGGACUGUGGGAAGGGAUUCACUUACUCGUCCCAACUGAAGGUACAUCAGCGAGUUCACACUGGAGACAGGCCAUUCACCUGCUCAGUCUGUGGGAAGGGAUUCACUCGGUCAUCCACCCUAAUGGCACACCAGCGGGUUCACACAGGGGAGCAGCCGUUCACCUGCUCAGAAUGUGGGAAGGGAUUCACUUGCUCAUCUAAACUGAAUGAACAUCAGCGAGUUCACACUGGAGAGAGGCCAUUCACCUGCUCAGACUGUGGGAAGGGAUUCAGUAAAUCAUCUGACCUACUGAGCCACCAGUCAGUUCACACUGGCGAGCGGCCGUUCACCUGCUCAGACUGUGGGAAGGGAUUCACUUGCUCAUCUGAACUGAAGGUUCAUCACCGAGCUCACACUGGGGAGAGGCCGUUCACCUGCUCAGACUGUGGGAAGGGAUUCACUCGACCAUCCCACCUACAGUUGCACAGGUCUGUUCACACUGGGGAGUGGCCGUUUACCUGCUCAGUCUGUGGGAAGGGAUUCACUUGCUCAUCUAAACUGAAGGAACACCAGAGAGUUCACACUGGAGAGAGGCCAUUCACCUGCUCAGACUGUGGGAAGGGAUUCACUUCUUUGCCCCAACUGAAGAUACAUCAGCGAGUUCACACUGGAGAGAGGCCAUUCACCUGCUCAGAGUGUGGGAAGGGAUUCACUAAAUCAUCCUACCUACUGAUCCACCAGUCAGUUCACAAUGGCGAGUGGCCGUUCACCUGCUCAGACUGUGGGAAGGGAUUCACUCAGUCAUCUAAACUGAAGUUACAUCAGCGAGUUCACACUGGGGAGUGGCCAUUCACCUGCUCUGAAUGUGGGAAGGGAUUCAUUAAAUCAUCCCACCUACAGUUGCACAGGUCUGUUCACACCGGGGAGAGGCCGUUCACCUGCUCAGACUGUGGGAAGGGAUUCACUUGCUCAUCUAAACUGAAGAUACAUCAGCGUGUUCACACCGGGGAGAGGCCAUUCACCUGCUCAGUGUGUGGGAAGGGGUUCACUCAGUCAUCUGAACUGAAGGUACAUCGGCGAGUUCACACUGGGGAGAGGCCGUUCACCUGCUCAGACUGUGGGAAGGGAUUCACUCGGUCAUCUGAACUGAAGAUACAUCAGCGUGUUCACACCGGGGAGAGGCCAUUCACCUGCUCAGUGUGUGGGAAGGGGUUCACUCAGUCAUCUGAACUGAAGGUACAUCAGCGAGUUCACACUGGAGAGAGGCCAUUCACCUGCUCAGACUGUGGGAAGGGAUUCACUAAAUCAUCUCACGUACUGAGACACCAGUCACUUCACAGUGGCGAGCGGCCGUUCACCUGCUCAGACUGUGGGAAGGGAUUCACUUGCUCAUCUCAAAUGAAGGUACAUCAGCGAGUUCACACUGGAGAGAGGCCAUUCACCUGCUCAGACUGUGGGAAGGGAUUCACUUGCUCAUCUAAACUGAAGGAACAUCAGAGAGUUCACACCGGGGUCUGGCCGUUCACCUGCUCAGACUGUGGGAAGGGAUUCACUUGCUCAUCUAAACUGAAGGUACAUCAGAGAGUUCACACCGGGGUCUGGCCGUUCACCUGCUCAGACUGUGGGAAAGGAUUCACUUCUUCGUCCCAACUGAAGGUACAUCAGCGAGUUCACACUGGAGAGAGGCCAUUCACCUGCUCAGACUUAGGGAAGGGAUUCACUUGCUCAUCUGAACUGAAGGUACAUCAGCGAGUUCACACUGGGGAGAGGCCGUUCACGUGCUCAGAGUGUGGGAAGGGAUUCACUAAAUCAUCUAACCUCCUGAGCCACCAGUCAGUUCACACUGGCGAGCGGCCUGCUCAGACUGUGGGAAGGGAUUCAGUUGCUCAUCCCAACUGAAGGUACAUCAGCGAGUUCACACUGGGAGAGGCCGUUCACCUGCUCAGUGUGUGGGAAGGUAUUGACUCAGUCAUCUCAUCUACAGACACACAGGCGAGUUCACACAGGAGAGAGGCCGAUCAGCUGCUGAGACUUUGGGAAGUAAUUCUAUCAGCAAAAUCAACCAAAUGUGCAUCAUUGAGUUCACAGUGGGGAGAGGCCGUUCACCUGCUGUGAAUGUGGGGAGCGAUUCACUCAGGUCAUUUAACCUUAUGUAACUCUUGCUUCAGCUAGCAACUUAAUAUAGGGGGUGAUAGCCCCUGAGCUUGGCCAAACCUAAGAAAUCUCGUUUGUGUGAAUGCUGCAUGAUGUGUCCCCUGUUACAAAUCAGUACCCCAAAAAUAACAAAUGGUACACAAUAUGCGAUUAAACAAUUGAGCUAUUUAAUUCUUACUUUGACUAUGGGAUUAGUAAAGGAAACAAAUAAAGGUAAAAGGGCCCUUUCUCUCCAUUUGUGUCUUCUCAUCUCUCCCUGGCAAAAGACCGUGAAAAUCUACGUUCCAGAUUCACAGGAAAGGACAAUAUCUUUAUCAUUGGAUAGCUAGGCACUCCAAAACCCUGUUAUUUCUAGUCAUAAGCUAAACAUUGCUGCUGCAGAGAAAUCAUUAGCUCAGCAGUGAAAUAUAACACAGACACCAUUACAUUAGCAGUGAAAUCUCACAGCCUGUUACAUUUGUGACACACUACCAGCUUCACACAGCGGAAAAAGUUUCAAUAAGUUGCAUGCUGGAUAUUUGUCCAUCACUGUUGCUAAAGCUAUUUUGAGAGUGACUAUCAGUGCUGAACUCUGCAAUUAUUGCUGCUGCUCACCGCAUUCAGUUCUGGGCACAGGAGGAGUUUCUUCUACUGCAUAUUCACCUUUAAUGGGACUGGAGUUUAAUAUUGACGGGGGUGGCGUGUGGCCAGUAAAGAAGUGGAGCUUUGAGGCUUUGGCUCAAGUAGUUUUGGCAGAUGGAUUGUGCAAUCAAGUCAAUCAAGAUGUGAAUAGCUCCUGGAGGCUACGCCUGUCUGUGAAUGGAGUAACAUCAGUUUCUGAGCUGCUAGUUUUGUCCCUUUCCCCCUAGUUUAAACCAAAUUUAAUAUCUUGAGUUGCUGAUUUUUGAAGGGGAACAAUAUGUCUUUGAGGAGUGGGAAAUACUUGUCUGAACCUAGUGAUAAAGGCAACGGGAAAGGAAAGAUGCAAAAGGAAGGAUCUGAUGAAAUGCCAUUGUGGGCUGAAGAUAUGGCUUUGAAACAGUUCAUUUAAAGACUAACUUAAAAAGAAUAGUAAUGAAAUGAUGUCAUUUCUGGGAAAACUUAAGGAUCUGGAAGCUCAAGUCACUACACAGAAAGAGGAAUUGAAGAUAAUUAAGCAAAAAUUGCUUGAAAGUAAAAUGAAGUAAAACUCGUUUGGAAAGAUAUCUAAAUAAUAUUAUAGACCUCGAAACUAGGUCUUGCCGAAGGAAUAUACAAAUUGUUGGGCUGCAGGAAGGAGUUGAAAAUGGAGAUUUAACUGCUUACAUUGGUAAGCUUUCUCAUACCCUUAUUUCCUUCUAUAUUAUCACAGCCGCCUACUAUAGAAAGAGCAGACAGAACUUUUACUUUGAGAUCUCAAGAUCCAGAUAAAGCAAGGGCUUUUCUGGUUUGUUUUCAUUAUUUUAAGAUUAAAGGUCAAAUAAUGUGACAGGCAAGAAAACAAGAGUUUUUAGAUUUGAGACAUCUGAGCUUGGUUUUUAUGAAGAUUAUUCAAAGGAGGUAAUGGAACAAAGAUCAAAAUUUGCUUUGGUAAUGAAACAGGCAUAUGAUAAGAAAUUGUUUCCUUCCUUGCGUCACCCAACAAGAAUUAAAGUUUUUCCUCCUGAUUCUCCUCCUCGUAUAUUUUGUGAUCAGAAAGUUGCACUGGCGUUUGUUUAAACUAUAUCUGCUGCGACUGCCGAUUGAACUGUCUGGCAUAUUAUCUGCAUAAUAGCAUUUUGGAAAGAAGAUUUAUGAAGACUACUUGGACAUUUCAUUGAGAGACUAUUAAAAGAAGAUUAGGGGACAUUUAUUAUUGCAUAUCAUUUUUUUUUUGGUAAGAGGAUUGAUGGUUCAAGUAUGACUGUUUAAAUGGUUAUUUGGACAUUCGACGGAGGAAAAGAACAUAAAAGGACUUGUUCCUUUAACCUAAUAUCUGGUUUGAUUUUUUUUUGUGUUUUUUUCUUAAUUAAAUAACUGGCAGUUUUUCCUUCUAAUGGGGCAAUUUCCUUCUCUUAUAUAUACUUAGCGGAGGUUUCAAUUACUUGCAUAAUAUUAUUAGUUUUCAAGAUUGUGUUGAUCUGUUAUUAAACACUAUGCUUGGUUUCUCUAGGUAAUAUGUUUUAGAUUUUAAUAACUGCUUAUUUUUUAAAUUCUUUUCAACAUAUUAAUAUGUUUUUUAUAUAAUGAAUAUUAUUGCAUCUUAUAACUGAAUUUAAAGCCUUUUUAGGGGAUUUAAUGUUAAGUUUAAGAAGGAGCUGUUUUUUUCUUUUUAAGAGAUAACAAUUUUUUGGUUUCCUCUUUGUUUUAAAAAAAGACUAAAUAUAAACAUGGGAUAGUUUGUAGAUGCUGGAAUGUAAACAUUUUCCUUUGUUGAGACUGUCAUUCAAAGGGAUAGAGAACCUUUUUUAAUCUUUUUUUUCAGACAGACAGAGCAGUCUUGGUUGCGUUUUCUAUCAUAGGGUGCCUCAUUUUUCUGGGCUGUGGGGGGAGUGGGAUGGGGUUAGAAUUAGGGUUUUUGUCCCAUUGGGUGGUUCCGGAGCAUGUGUGUUUUCUGUGUGGUUGUACUGUCCAUCGCCACCAUUUUUGAUCAUCCCUUAUUGGUAUGUGCUCGGCACAUGUGUAAAGUAGAAUAAAAUUAUAGUUUGGAAUCUAAACUCAUUAAUGUAAUACGUUGGAAUGUAUGUGGUUGGAAUCAUCCUAUCAAAUGAAAAAAGACUUUUAAAAUCAUCAAUCGAUUUCAACCUGGUACAAUUUUUUGCCUAGGAGACGCAUAUAAAGGCGGGAGAUCAAAAUAGGUUUUUUGGAUCGUGGAAGAGUUUGCAAUUUCACUCCACUUCUCAAAGUAAAACUAAGGGAGUGUCUAUUUUUAUUAAAUCCAAUAUUUUGUUCAUUCAAGAGGACAUUAAGUCAGAUUUUUUUGUCGAUUUUUAAUUGUUAAAGGAAUAAUUUGUAACAGAAAAGCUGUUUUGGCCAAUUUGUAUGGUCCUAACUUAGAUGAUAUUUUUUUAAAAAAUGUAUUUGCUUUACUGCCUCAUUUAAAUGAAUAUAUGUUAAUAAUGGGCGGGGAUUUUAACUGUUGUUUAAAUCCUUUGACAAGAGCUGAACCAACCAGCAACUUCCAAAUCACUCCGCAUUACUUAUUAAUUCCUUUUUGACCGAUUUUUGGAUUGAUUGAAUUAUGCAGAUAUUUACAGCCUGAUGACAGAGAAUAUUCUUUUUUGUCACAUGUUUAUAGAAAAUAUUCAAGGAUCGAUUAUAUUACAGUUGACCCUUACUUCUUGCCUACUGUUAAGAAUUGUGAAUAUGACACUCUCGCUGUUUCUGCUCAUGCAGCUUUCAGUUUGUCUUUCGAAUUCGAUGAUGCCAUCCUAGCCCACCCACCUUGGCACCUGUCUCAGACAUCAUUGCAGAAUUCAGACUUUGUUAGUUUCAUUGAGAAACAGGUAAAAUAUUUUUUUUUUCUUUUUGAUGUUUUAGGGGGUACAUCUAAAUUAAUCAUAUGGGAUACAUUUAGAGCAUUUUAAGGUGGUCAGAUCAUUUCUUAUUCUAACCUGAAAAAAACAGACUAAAUUAGAAUUAGAUAUGAUUACAAAACAAGUUAAAGUCCGAUAAUACUUAUGCAAUUUCCCGUAAUAUUGACUUAUUUAAACAAAGGAUGGAACUUAAAUCACAAUAUAAUUUAUUAUUAACUCAUCCUAUUGAAGGCUAUUUGCUUAAGCUAAAAAGUCAAUAUUAUAUGUUUGAGAUAAAAAUAAUAAACUGCGUGUCAAUUAAAAACGGCCAGAGCCAAAAGGCAAAUUUUGAAAAUCUGUAAGGAAGUUUGUACCCUUGCUUGGGAAUAUGAAGACAUUAAUAAGAUUUUUAUACUGAACUUUAUAAAUCUAAAUUUCCUGUCGAUUCUUCUAAAAUGAAUUUUUUUUUACGAAAGAUUGUUUUU